AUGUUGACUGAACUAGACUCGCUGCAAAAACGACUGGAGGCCCUUCGUCUUCUCAUAGGACGUCUCCGUGAGACAACAAGCGCAGCAUCUAUAACCUCUGGUGUCUUGCACCACGGCCAGGGACGAUUAGGCCCCUGCUUCUCUACCACAGCUAGAUCUAUCUGCGGACACACUGAUGGGCCCACGGGAUGCCUCUGGUCUACUGUCCCAGAUAUGCUCAAAGGAUCGAAGCUGUCCUACGGAGCCUUGAACCCCCUGGAACCGCAAAUGCCACGAGUGGACAUGAACACCAUCACGGCCCAUCACUCCCAACUAACCCACCGCGGGCUGUUUGAAAAUAGCUACGGGCAUGGCUGGGCUCGGUUGUCGAUGCCUUCACGACUGUAUGCAUUUUUCUCGACAGACGGCGCCGAUGAGCAAAGUCUCUGCAAGACGCUUAAUGCUUUACCAUGGCGGCCAGGUCACGGGAUAGGUGACCACACUCUGCAUCUUUACAGAGACGGAGUUAGUAAUAAUUUACCAAAGUAUCUGACAGGAAUUAGGAGGCGCUGCCGGCUGGUUGGCCAGGGCGAUCAUACAAAGAAUACUCUAGCUUUCCUCGCCACUUGA